ACUUAAUAAUAAUAAUCUAACGACCAAAAGGUGGAGAAGAAACGAACAAUUUGAUAACAAUGGAAGCGGGAACUGUCCUUCACGCCAUUCCCUGGAACCCCAAGCGCAAAGCUCCAUUCCACAAUUUCCGUUGCUUCGUUAGGGCUUCUUCAAAUUCACAGGCUCCCUAUAGACGGCCAAAGCCCUACAGAAACUUGGUCGCAGAUUGGGUAUCCAACAAUGACGACACUGUUCGAAGCUCCCCAAUAUUCGUCGGAGGGGCUUCUCUCUUGGCUGUACUCUUCAAUCGUGCCGCUUCUGGUAUAGCUCCAGUUGCCGAUGCCAGUAGUUCACAGUCAAGAGCUGAUUUAUUGACACUUGGAUUGGCUGUGACCAAUGUACUAGCGGGUUUGGUGUGGCUCACAAUCAGGCCAAAGUCGAUAUCUGCGGUAAAUCCUCAAGGUGUAGAGUGUCGAGUUAUAUCUUCCUCCCUCCCAGACUUUGUGGUUUCUGAGUUAUUAUGGGUAUGGGAAUCCCUGUCAGCUGUUACUUGCUGCAGAUCUCUAGUUGCUGUUUAUGAUGGCAUUUGCAUCCUACAAAUUGGUGUGGCAGCUGAAUCUCCCAAUGAAGGUGAAGCACUGGCUGUGGAUGCUGCCAAAUUGAUGCAAGGAUCACUUUAUCAAGCUGUUAUGAAGUCUGGAGCCCAGAGCUAUUUGGCCAACCUAUCUCUCUAUCCUGGGAGGUCUGAGCUGCCAUUUUUACCUAAAAACACACAGGCAGUGAUUUUGCAGCCACUUGGAGAAAAAGGAAUUGCAAUAAUUGGUGGUGACACAAUUAGGGGUUUCACAACUUCUGAUCAGGCAUGGAUUUCAUUUAUUGGAGAGAAACUUGAUGCUACACUAGGAAAAUAUGUAAUCAACAUUCCAUUGGCAGUGCAAGAUAGAGUUUGAAACUAGAUACUUUGAUGUGUUUCAAACUUCCAUGUGCAUUAUGCUUUAGACAUGUUUUCUUCAAGGUAAUUUUUGUUUUAUCAGUAUGCCAUCUUGCUUUUACAUUCCUACUUUGAGAAACAACAAACAAGGCAUAAUGUACUUUGUCCUGUUCAUUUUGGGAAGUUUACUUUGUUACUCGUGAUCUCAGCCUUCCAAAAUGUCUUAUCUCCUUUCAUUUUUAGAAUUUAUGUUUGGUGGCAUCUGCAAUAUAUAUGCAAAAUUUUUGUCAAGGACAUCAAUCUUUUAAUUAUCAUCUUUAUAUCCUAACUCAUAGGAAUGGCAGCUGGAUGGUGAGAGUUAAUGUGCAUAGGGGAAACUGGAUUAACUUACUCUUCAUCCUUUAUAUCCGUAUAUUGAUUAGUUAAAAUGAGCGCAUACCUAAGCCACCCUGUAUUGACAAACCAUAAGGCAACCUUCAGCUAUCAGAAUAAUUGUAAGGUUAGGUUUGUUUUUUUGGUGUGAACUGAUUUUGCUCACCACUAUUUCCAACUGUCAGUCAGUUUGAUGUUGCCCUCCUCAACAUAUGGACAGUUGGACACCAUGUUUUUUUUGUGGCUAGUGCCUUUGUAUUUAUAUGGAUAGAAAUGGAAUAUCUUUCGAAUAUGAAAACGGGUGGAAAAACACUUUUGGUGCUCUAUUUCAUGAAUUUAGUUUGGUGUACCCAAUUUGAUAAUUUUUUGUUGGAAGUUUGUGAUGCUUUUUGUUAUGUUCGGAGCUUUAUCCUGUCAUCUUUAGGCUUCCAGCAGUUUUUUUUUGAGGCUGGGGACACUUACCAAGACUCAACAUCACAGACAGUGCCAGGCAAUUCUAUUCCUACUCCUGAUCUUCAAUUUCAUUAUCCAUGCUUGAAUUGUUACUUUCCUAUGUAAUCUUUGGAUUCUUACAACUGCUACUGGUAUGUGAAUUGUGAUGUAAAGAAUAGGCGCAUUCAGAUGAGACUUGAUUUUUAAUAUUUAUCUAAUCUGCAUUCCGUUUGCUGCGUUA